CAUUUUAGGUAGAGGGCAGGUUGUGUUGUUAGAAAUGUCUGGAUGGCAGGGAGGAGUGUUAGAUGAAGUUUCUUUGCAGUUAAUUAUGAUUAGAUGAUAUUUUAUUUGAAUUUUAUCAGUGGUAUGAGUAGUCACAAACAGCGACUUAUGUUAGUGAUGUACGCGUGUUUGUUAAACUCAACAUGGCAUAAAAAUAUCCAGGAUGGCUGUCAGGGAUGCUGGAGUCGAAAAUACAGUAUAGUACGUUCGUACGUUUAUGAUCGCAUUCGUCUGAUAUCCGAUGUUAUUCGUACUGUAGAAUCAUGUACUGGAAGUUUGCUGAAGUGUUAAACGCCAGUAAAAGCCACUGCAAACGGAAUUUCCGUCUUUAAUGAGAGUAGGUUUUCUUCAUUCUAAUAUUAUAGUGGAACCUUAAUAAUUCUAAACGGAUGAUACUUUCCUGGUAUAUGUCGCCGUGUACUGUGGCGGAUCGUUACUACCGUUUCGGAGGAAGCUACUGCCUCAAUCUUCCUGGUAAAGUAAUAAGGCACGAUAUAUGGGGUGAAAGGACUGGAGUUUUAGCUAAGGAGGAGAAAGGAGACUAGUGUGAACGAUAUUGACCCUUUAAAGGGUAGUUUUCCAAGGGCAUAGAGAAUGGGAGAGGUAGUGAAAAUAGAGGUUCACCUGAAACAUUGGUGAUUGUUUAUGGGACUACAUGUCGUCACAUCCCAGGAGAUGAAGUUCCAGCCAUAAAUUGCUUUAGAUUACAAUGAUGGGGUUCUCUUAUGAGAAGCGAGCCCUGAAGAGACCUCGGCUUGGUCCUCCAGACGUGUAUCCCCAGGAGCCAAAACAAAAAGAGGAUGAAUUGACAACAUUAAAUGUCAAGCAUGGUUUUACAACUCUGCCCCAGCUUUCAGAUGAAUUUGGUACAGCGAGAAACUGCAAUAUUACGGCUUCGAAGGUUGGAGCAUAUUUUAAUGCAAUUUUGACAAAGAAGGAGGAAUUGAAUACCCUUCCAGACACAGGGCGUAAACGUCAGCAGAUAAACCCAAAAGACAACUUUUGGCCCGCUACAGCAAGGACUAAAAAUGCUAUAGAAGCCUGGUUCAAGGACCUUGCUGGAAGCAAACCUCUCAGCAGCUUAUCGAAAAAGGCACCUAAUUUUAACAAGAAGGAAGAAAUUUUCAUUAUGCUGUGUGAGUACCAAGUUCCAAUGUUGCGAGCAGCAUGGUUCAUAAAGCUGAGUUAUGCGUAUACAGUAGCUGUGUCCGAAGUGAAGAUCAAGAAGCGUCAGCUGUCUGAUCCGUCUCAAGAAUGGACAGCCACCCUUAUAAAAUUUCUGAAGGACCAACUGAACAGGCUUCAGGAUUUUUAUCAUCAGUCUGGAGGAAAUGUUAGUGGUGGAACUGCAAGCACUGCAGCUAACAGCAGCAGUGUGAGCACAGGCGUCGUUAACAGUAGCGCCACAGGUGGUAAUAAUGCUGCUGGUAAUGGUAGCAGUAGCAACGGCUCUUCAACAGCCACACCUGUUGCGUCUGCUGGCGCAGCUUCAUCCACAAACACAGGUGUAAACACGAACGCUGGUUCCAGUUCAGUGCAGCCAACUGCUGGUAGCACCUCUGUUCCUGCAAUGACAGAGGAUCAGAAAUUGGCACAGAGGCAGUGGCAAUUUUGUGUCCAGUUGGCCAAAUAUCUGUAUGAGGAAGGUCUCCUCGAGCGACAGGAAUUUCUGCAGUGGAUACUUGAACUGCUGGAUAAGAUGCGAUCGUCUCCAUCCGAUGAUGGGAUCUUGAAACUACUUUUACCACUCGCACUGCAAUAUCUGGAUGAAUUUGUGCAAUCAGAGCUGUUGGCCCGCAAGUUAGCAUACCUUUGUGCUAAAAAACUUGCACAGUUGUGCUCCGUAGCUACUGACACAGCCGUCACUAAUGCCCUGUCCUCCUCACCAGCAUUGCCACCAUCCGCUUCACCCCAGAGCCCCCUCUUGCCAGGGAACAUCAGUAUUCUGCCGCAGUCAGGACCAACACAGCAGACAGCACCAGUCAACCCACUUUUGGUGACGUUUAAUGAAUACAUGAGCUGCCCGCAUCACCGGGAUAUUGUAUUAGGAUUAAGUGCCAUUCUGCAGGCAGUAACUCUAGAUUGCGCAACAGCUCUGGUAUGGAACUGUGUAGGAGAGGGCAAAUCUCCAUCAGUUCUGAAUGGUUCAUCUUUAGACCAUCUGUCCUGUGCUCCGUCAACUCUUCCAAUGCCCCAGAGGGCCAACAAUCCUGCUGUUAGACGUCAGUUGCGAGCAGCCGAAGAACAUAUUCGUAAUCGAAGUCGAGCGGCCGAAGGACGUUGGUCUUGUGAUAAGUGGCAACAGUCAUCUGCUGGACGGACUACCAGUAAGGUUCUCACCGCGCUUGAUGCCCUGGACAGGCACAGUUUUGACAGGAUGGAUGCUACAAACUCCCUUGAUACGCUGUAUGCCAAAAUAUUCGCACCUCCGGGAACCAAAGAGUCGAGUUUGGCAGGCAGCAGUUGCGGUAACACCAACACCACUAGUAAUAAUGGUAGUAAUAGUACCGUUUCGAACAGCGGGACCAAUGGUGGUGACUCAUCACGGGAGAACAGAGCGGAUUAUACACUUCUUCAAGAUGAGGCUGUGGUUCAGAUCCUGUGUGAAUGGGCUGUUUCCAGUCAGCGCUCAGGUGAACAUCGAGCUAUGGCUGUUGCUAAAUUAUUGGAGAAAAGACAGAGUGAUCUCAUGUCUGGUGAGGCAGAUGCUGCUGAUGAGAAGGACUCUGUAUCGUCAGCAAAUGGAGCGCCAACUGGAGUCCCUGUGUUCCAGCCACUUCUUAUGCGGUUCCUUGAUAAUGAUGCUCCAAUUUUAGAAGACAACCCAACUGCACAGAACCGAGCCAUGUUUACGAACCUGGUACAUCUUUUCUCCGAGCUGAUACGCCAUGACAUAUUUUCCCAUGAUGUGUAUAUGUGCACUCUUAUAUCUCGGGGGGAUCUGAACACUGGUGGACCAGCUGCAGUCGCCUCUCAUCAUCCAACUAGCAACAAACCUGCGACUCCAGCCGAGAGCAGAGGACCAGUCAACAACUCUGGCAUUCAAGACGAUGAUGGUUCCUUGUUUCCUGGUAUCGAUCUGAAGCCUACCAAGUUGGAUGUCCAGGAUCAUGGGCGGAACAUGGAUUAUGAUGACAGUAAGAUUGAUGAUGACUUGGACAAACUGUUGCAGCAUAUCAAGGAGGAGCAGCAAAAUUCAUUGGAUGCUCCAGAUUCACCGAAAGAUGAUGGUGUGCCCCCUGGCUCACUGGUGGCAGCACCUAUGGCUUCUGUAACUCCAAUGGAAGGUGCAGAAUCAGGAGGCCCUGGAGAAAUGAGAUCCAGACAUCUGCUCUAUACGACGCACUUUCCUCUGCCACAUGAUGAGCCCGGUAGCCUUCACGACUGCAAUCAGCGUCACGUGUUGCUUUAUGGAGUUGGAAGAGUCAGAGACGAGGCUCGGCAUACUAUUAAGAAAAUGACUAAAGAAAUUUGCAAACUUUUUAGCAAGAAGUUCAGUAUUGAUGUUGCAGAAGGUGGGAAAGUAAAGAAGCAUUCGCGUGGUGAGUUUAACUUUGAGGCAACGACGGCGAAGAUGCAAGCACUUUCAUACUUUGAUCAGCAUGUUGUCACAUGGCAGUGUACAGUAACAGUGGUAGAAAUGUUGAAUUCGUUUGCCAGUGGAAGUUCCAACUACUUACCUGUCCAGGAGCAUGUUGCCUUUCUCUUUGACCUCAUGGAAUUGGCGUUCAGUAUUUACGAUCUCAUUGACGUUUGCAUCCAGAUCCUGAAAGAGCUUCCCGAAGUAGAAGGACAGUUGCAGGCCAAAGGAUCCGGUCUUGUCCGAAGUUACACUACGUCCCUUAGUCUGUAUGUCGUUGGAGUUCUGAGGAGAUACCACUGCUGCCUUUUGUUGUUUCCAGAACAAACAACGGCUGUGUUUGAAGGCUUGUGUCGUGUAGUGAAGCACGUGACGAACCCAGGUGAUUGUUCAUCAGCCGAACGAUGUAUUCUGGCUCACCUGUAUGACCUGUACUCCAGCUGUAGUCUUCUAAAAUCAAAGCCUCAUUGCGUUGAGCCGUUCGGAAAUGCUUAUCCGAAGAUCCGUCAAGCCCUGUACUCCACUGUGCAGCCAUCUAGUUCGAACCACGUUUGCAACGCACAGUUUAUGGCCGAUGUAUUCAGUAAUCCACGUCGAGGAGGAAGGAUCGAACCUCACUGGGCUCGACAGUUAGCAGAGACACCCAACAAUCGCUACAGUUUUGUGUGCAAUGCGGUGGUUGCUGUCUGUAAUGAAACUGACAAUGAUCGCCUCAAUGAUCUUGCUAUUUUAUGUGCUGAGCUCACAGCGUGUUGCAACUCACUUUCUGCUGAGUGGCUUGGUGUGUUGAUGGCUCUGUGCUGUUCUUCGAACCAUUCAUCUCAUUUUAUUGACGUGCUGGCUCAGGUUGAUGUUCAGGACCUUUCAAUUCACAACUCGCUAGCAGUGUUUACAUCAAUCUUGAUUGCCCGACACUGCUUCUCACUGGAAGAUUUUGUGGUACACAUUGCCCUUCCCUCAUUAGUAAAGGCUUGCAAUGAAGGUCGAGGAGACGCAGAUAUAGAAGCUGAAGCCGGCGCAAGGUUGACAUGUCACCUUCUGUUACGGUUAUUCAAGACCGUCGAGUGCCCACAGCCUGCCCUCUAUUCAGUCGGUACUUCUCCUCAUCCGAUACCGUGUGCCACAUCCAAUCUUGGUUACAGCAUUAAACUCAGCUGCGACCGCCACCUGUUAGCAGCUGCCCAUAACAACAUCAGAGUUGGGCCGGUUCUUGCUGUUCUUAAGGCAAUUUUAGUAGUGGGAGAUGCGACAGCACGGGAGGGCAAGACCCCAAGCAGCAAGAGCAAACCAGAGCAGUCACAGCAGAUGCAUUCGUCUGGUGCUGCUGGUGGGAGCAAUAAGACUCCGAUCUCUGGUUCGUCGGGCGGAGAACUGAGCAUCAGUCACAUCCUGGGCACGAGUGACAUUCUGAGUGGAGGAGAAGACCCCCUGCUAGAUCUGGGGGUGGUUGAUGCGGAACCUGCUACAAGAACUGGACAAAGGGCAAUGACAUCAUCUAUAGGAGGAACUGCAAGUACGAUGGAAACUGCUGCAGGGUUGUCAGACUUUGCCCAGCAUGUGCUACGUCAGAUCUGCAGUCAGGAGUGGGUCUUGGAGAGGUGUCUCCAAAAUCCUGAGGAGCUUUGCCACACUGACAUGCUGCUCGACAGUAUGUUGACACCUAAACAAGCUCAGCGUCUGCUGCAUAUGAUCUGUUACCCCGAGACCACAGCUGCCACAGAAGAAUCACUUGAUCAGAGGGAUAUUAUUGCUAGGAUUCUGGAGAAUCUGGACCAGUGGACACUUAGAAUGUCUUGGCUGGAUCUCCAGCUGAUGUUCACGCAGUUUCCCCCCGGCUCCAGCGAACUGAACCAGUGGCUCGACACGGUGGCUAAGGCAGCGAUUGAUGUGUUCCAACUUACAAGCGGUGGAGCAACCGGUGGUUUGGAUGGCAAGGAAGAGAACCGAAGUGGUUUGAGGCCGAACAAACCUGGUUCAAUAUGGCUUGUGGCCCCGUUAGUUUCCAAACUGCCGAGUGCUGUGCAAGGCAGAGUGCUCAAAGUAGCAGGGCAAGUUCUGGAGAGUGGAAAUUGGUCUUCAAAGAACCGUGACAAAGAACGGAAUGUGCAGCGAAGUUCAUCACUUCUGAGCCAUCAGCCAUUCUUGUCGUUGGUUCUGACUUGCUUGAAGGGUCAAGAUGAGCAGCGAGAAGGCUUGCUCACUUCCCUACAUUCUCAGCUCAACCAGUUCCUCAUGCUUUCCAAAGAUGAAAGACUGUCAAAUUAUGAAGAUCCCAAAGGACGAGCAUUGAUGCAAGACGCACUUCAGCUGAGGUUUAGCCUUGUUGGAGGAAUGUUUGACACAAUCCAGCGAAACACAACUGUCACCACAGACUGGGCGAUUCUCCUUGUGCAGCUGAUCAGUUAUGCAGUCAUUGAUCUUAAUAAUAAUUCGGAGCUGUUCACUGUUGUGAUAGACAUGUUGGCAACAUUGAUACACUCGACGCUUGUCUCAGAUUCGCAGUCUGAAAAGGAGGAGAAUCGCAAACACUAUCAGAAUCUCAUGAAGAAACUCAAGAAGGAAUUGGGAGACCGUACCUCACCUUCAAUUCAGUAUGUUCGGCAGUUGUUACCACUGCCAAAGGUGACUGCAGAAGUGGUGGUCUGUCAGCCAAUGGGAUGUCUUACUGACACUAAGGGCAACAAGAUUGCAGGAUUUGAUUCGAUAGACAAGAAGCAGGGUUUGCAAGUGUUUGAAAAGCAGCGAGUAAGUCCGUGGGAUCUGCUAGAAGGCCACAAGAACCCAGCCCCUCUGUCUUGGUCCUGGUUCGGAGCUGUGCGCAUGGAACGUAAGCCAUUGUGGUAUGAAGAUACACAUAGGCUUUUGAAAUAUCACACACACUCCUUGCUGAAGAGCCCAGCCUACUUUCUGGAUCCUCCACCACUCCCACCAGAAGAUCUGGAUCCCCCUCAAGAGAAACCAUUGAAGGAUGAUGGAAAAGCGGAUACCCCCAACUCUUCCGACCAGUCACCAAGAGGAGUGGGGGGAAACAAGAGACCAAAGGCUCAGCGAAGAAGACGUCCUAAAGCUGGAGGUCCUGGUGUUCCAGCCAAUGGGCAGCCUGUUAUGUCAGGCAUGCCACAGCAAGUGCAGCAGCAGCCACAACCACCAGUACCUCACAUGGCUUAUCCGAACCAGGGUGCGAUGUUCCCAACACAAUCUCAGUGGACCUACAACCAGCAGCAACAACAGCAACAACAGCAACAACAACAACAGCAGCAGCAACAACAACAGCAGCAGCAACAACAGGGCUACUAUUCCUCACAACAGUUACAAGCAGUUGGUGGUCCAAGAUUCGAGCGUCCUCUAAACCAGUCAAAUCCCAAACAAGCUCUGUCGCAGAUGCUGCGGAUGAGGCUUCCAUCAAAUCAGUACCUCGGAUCCCAGCAGCCUCCUCCAGGGUUUCCUCAGAGCAUGCAACGGCAGCAGUUCAUAAGACAGCAGUUACGAGCACAGCACGGGGCUCCCGGCAUGCAGCCUCCACCCCAGCAGGGAAUGUUCCCUCAGCAGCAGGGUGCCCCGGCCAUGUACACCGGCAUGCAGCAAGGAAUGAACCAGAGCUAUGCUGGUUACGGAGGGCAGCCAGGACCUCAGAUGGUGUCACAGCAGCAGCUCAUGGGACAAGCGGGACAGGGAAUGAUGGGAGGGUUUCCGGGACAGCAGGGCGGAGGAUUUGUUUCGCAGCAGCAGCCUCCCGGUAUGAUGACCACUGGUGGACCCAUUGCCCCACAACAGCCUAGGGGAGCAGGGGAUUACAUGGGCCCUCAGGGUGGUAUGACUGCCCAGCAGAGAGCCAUGGCAGUACAACAGGGUGCAAGACCUACAUACCUACAGGCUCCAAAUGUGACAAUGGCUGCAAUGGGUGGCCCUAUGGGACAGCAGGGACAGGGGCAGCCACAGCCAGCCCCUCCAUAUGGCCGUGCAGGGGCAGGAGGCCCCAGUGGCGCACAGGGGCCCCCACCACCACACACUGCCCAACAGCAGCAGCAGCAAAACCAGCAAUUCCAGCAGCAGCGAAUGAGGCAGCAGAUGAUUGCAGCACAACAACCAAACCAGCAGGCUCCGGCUCUGGUGGCACAUCUUCAGCGACAGCUGUCGCAGCAGCAGGCGGGGGGCAACCAGCCAAACCAACAGCACCACCCAUACUCCCACCAGCCACCUCCAUACUAAAUAGACUUUUGUUUGUCUCUGGGACAGGAUCUGCGGUCCAUAUUGUCAGCACAUCAGUUCUAUAUGUUGGAAGGAAGGUGUACAGAUCAGAUGUAUAUAAAGACAGUAAAUUCUGUGCAGAA